AUGAACAGGAAGAUGUGUGUCACACAGACGAGCAGCAGCAGGAUGGAGACGCUCGUGAUUCUCUUCAUGUGGGCGUCUCUCUCAGAGUCCUUCAACAUCGACACUGAACAACCACUGAUAUUUAACGGCACACCGGAAGAUUUCUUUGGUUACAGCGUUUAUCAGACUGAGUUUGGAAACAGGAAGCAGAUCAUUGUUGGAGCUCCAUUAGAAGGAAACUCAACAGGGGAGAUGUACAGCUGCACAGCAGAUCUUGAGUCCUGCACACGACUGCAGCGGCCAGGUGUGACAGGUUCAGAGAGCGUCCUCUUCUUCGGCAUGUCUGCUGCUGUGUCUUCUGCUGCUCUCACUAGCUGCAGUCCUUAUGUUCCUCAUGAGUGUGAUGGAAACUCGUAUCUGAACGGUGUUUGCUAUCAGUUCAACAGCAGCUUACAGACCGUCUCUAACUUCACCGCUGCUUACCAAGAAUGCACCAAGAGAGAAGUCAAUCUGGUGUUUCUCUUUGAUGGAUCCAGCAGCAUGAAAGCACACGAGUUUGACAUGAACAAAAAAUUCAUUAAAGAUGUUAUGAAAAAACUUUCAAACUCAUCCAUAAAGUUUGCUGCUGUCCAGUUUUCAGGAGAAGUACGAACUGUGUUUGACUUCAACAAUUAUCAGACUGGCUCCGCUGAAGAGAAACUCAUGAAGGAGAUACACAUGAAAUCUCUCACAAACACAUAUAAAGCAAUCAACUUCGUUCUAAAGAAUCUGCUGAAUAGAGUGUCGUCUGGAGCCGAUCCCAACGCUCAGAAAGCUCUGGUGAUCAUCACAGAUGGAGACCCCAGUGAUAACGAUGAUGAUAAUGUCCUCAAGAAAUGUGAUGAGCAGAAUAUCCUCCGUUACAUCAUCGGGGUUGGAAACGUUGAAUUAACUGGACUCACUCAGCUGGCAUCAGAACCAAAACAGAACAACACCUUCUACAUUAAAGACUACAGUGGACUCGAAGGACUUCUUGACAACCUGCAAAAAAAGAUCUACAAUAUUGAAGGGUCAAAGGAUGCUCAAGGCAGAGACAGACAGAAAGAGUUAUCACAGAGUGGAUUCAGUGUCGUCUACCAGCAGGACUCUGUGAUCGUGGGUUCGGUCGGAGUGAAUGACUGGUGUGGAGCUCUGUAUGAAGUGACGGGAUCAGGAUCUGAAUUCAGACAGACAGAGAUCAUUGAUCCGGCUGUAAAUAAAGACUCGUACAUGGGUUACUCUACUGUGCUGGGAAUGAGACGCGGCGUCUCUCUUCUGUUCUCUGGAGCACCACGGGCCGAACACAGGGGUCUGGUGACCCUCUUCACCAAGACUGAAAGCACAUGGACAGUGAUGAGCAACAUCAACGGAGAACAAAUUGGCUCAUAUUUCGGAGCGUCUCUGAGUGUGUUGGAUGUGGACUCUGAUGGAGACUCAGAUUUCCUGCUGGUCGGAGCUCCAUUAUUUUACCAGUCUCAGCCGAAGGCUGAAGGGAGGCUGUACGUCUACACUUUAUCAGAACAGAACUAUUUUCAGAAGACACUGAAUGUGAGCCAGUCAAGCACAGGUAGAUUUGCUGCAUCCGUGGCUUCACUAAAGGACCUGAAUGGAGACAGUCUGUCAGAUGUGGCAGUCGGGGCACCGCUGGAGGAUGAAGGGGUCGUCUACAUCUACCUGGGUGAUGGGACACAUGGCAUAAACCCUGAAUACAUUCCUCAGCGGAUCCCAGCGCGGUCAGUUCUGCCUGGUCUGCAGCAGUUUGGACUAUCUCUGUUUGGUCAGAUGGACAUGAACAAUGAUAAUCUUACAGAUGUCAUGAUUGGAGCACAAGGAGGGAUCGUCCUGCUCAAGUAUGUAAUUCUUUAGUUUGGAGAAUAAACU